AUGCACCUCCUCAGGGUCCUCUGCACCCUACUGUUCGUCCUCGCCGCCGCCGCCGCGAGCCUGGAAGAGGUUGCGUUGCUUUCGAAACGAAAUGCCGCCAUUGUUCGCGUAGCGCCGACACGAAUAUGGGACCGUGCACAGACCAACGCAAUGCGUCUGCAGGCGGGGCUCGGGCCCCGCGCGCCGAUACGCCGAGGGACGGGGACAGAUACCGCCAAACGUAUCACCACCUCCGCGACAACCAAUAUCCAAUUUGGCGUGCGCAUACUCGAUGCUGGCAGCGGCGGGAUCAGUGGAUACCUCCGAACUAACGGCAUUCAGUACUACGUGACUGAGUCGCUGGAUAAUGCGAGCCCAUUUUCGGCCACCGUUUUCGUCGAGGGCAUAACGACAGGCGUCACUAUCAGGAGCGAGAGCAUCGGCUUUCCGUACCUCGCCGGCCUCAUGGAAGGCGGCACCGCACUUCUCGCCGACAACGCGGGCUAUGCCGUACUCGGCGGCAGCCUCUUCACCACGGACCCAGGGGCCGAACCCGGCGCGCCAAACGGCGGGGGGACGUCCAUCUUCAUGUGGCAGUAUGCCACCGCAAUUUGGACGUACUCCGCGACCACCGGCGCGGUCGGCGCGGCGUGGGUCAACAAUUUCGGGUACCCUGCCCCGCCGAUCACCAUCCUGUGGGAUGCGGUAAGCGGCACGGUGUACCUCACCGCGGACCCAGCGGGGCUUGCGGUCGCCUACCCCAACACGAUUCCAGUAACAUUCGAGGUGUUCCCGCUGGGAGCCUGA